AUGAAUGCUUACUGUACACUCUUCGCAGUUGUAUGUUAUUUGAUCAUACUCAAUCGUCCUGAGGUUGUCUUAGCAGACAAAUGCUCAGAAGACGACAACUUGGCAGGUUUCUGUGAUUCUAAAGACAAACCACAUCUAGCGAAGUUGGAAGAAGAGAUGACGUCCAUUGACCUAAGCAAGGUAAUAUACUUUUCGAUCGUCAUGAAGGAUUCUGAGAAGUUAAAAUCAGUAAAUAUUGAACAAGCAAGUGAAUGGCUCAUUCAAAACAUCGAGAAAUACCCAGGAUGUGCCAGUUUUCUUGGUAUUGGAAUAUCAAUUGGUUUACUCAUCGACAGUUACUCGAACAACGAUGCAGUGAAGGCAAUACAAAAAGAAUAUGAAGAUCUGAGCAACACAGAUCCCAAAAUAUUCGCAGCUAGAAAAUAUUAUGUUCAGCAUAUCUUCAAACGAACGAACGAAAUACGAAACAACGUUGUUAAUUUUAAAAAAUGGCAAAGAAUACGGACAAUAGUCAAGACAAUUUUCGCCACUGUCUUUGGUUGGAUUGGAUAUUCAGCUACAGAUACAGCAGUCAAAACAGCCGCAUUUAUAUCAAGUGGAAUUGCUGGAACCAGUGCAGCUUUCGAUGCUUACAAUUGGCGUGCACUACACAAGUUGGUCGAACAUUUAGAUAAGACUGGCUAUAUAGUUUAA